AUGGAGAAUUUGAGAAGUUCUCUAUAUAGCUAUAUGAGUCGUAUCACUUAUGCAUGUUAUAGCAAGCCGUGAUCUGAUCAUUUUCUAGAGCAUUACAAGAGGCACAGGAUAUUUUUGGCCUGGAUUUGGACUAUGGAGAAUUUGAGAAGUUCUCUAUAUAGCUAUAUGAGUUGUAUCACUUAUGCAUGUUAUAGCAAGCCAUGAUCUGAUCACUUUCUAGAGCAUUACAAGAGGCACAGGAUAUUUUUGGCCUCGAUUUUGACUAUGGAGAAUUUGAGAAGUUCUCUAUAUAGCUAUAUGGGUCGUAUCACUUAUGCAUGUUAUAGCAAGCCGUGAUCUGAUCACUUUCUAGAGCAUUACAAGAGGCGCAGGAUAUUUUUGGCCUGGAUUUUGACUAUGGAGAAUUUGAGAAAUUUGGACAAGAAGAUUACUCGGAAGACGAGGAGGCAGACGAAUACGAAGAAGAAUAUAGUGAUGAAGAAGGACAACCCAGGAGACGAGCAAAGAAAAAAACUUCGAAGAAAACCAUUUUUGAUGUAAGGCACUGUUUCAUCAAUAUUUUAAGUACUGUCAUAUUUCUUGUUUUGCUCAAGGCUUUUUGAAUAUUGAACUUAAUCAAACAUUGUGUUGCUCUAUGAAUGUACAUUUUCUCAUUGUAGGUUUACGAGCCAAGCGAGUUGGAAAAGAUCCAUUUGACAGAUCGAGAUAACGAAAUACGUAUCACGGAUAUGCCUGAACGAUUUCAGGUAAUGCACUUUUUUAGUUUUAACUUUAAAGUGCACCUAACCUUAAUUAUUUUAACAUCUCAUUCCUAAGAACCUUUGAAAUGAUGUUGUAACUUAUUUUGAAGAUUUUCGUUUGCACACUUUGUCUUGGAGUUAUUUCAGUUUUGUUGAUAUGCAAAUGUCCGGAAUUUACGUCACAUGAAUAAUGACUGAUCAAAGAAUGUAAGGUACAGUUAAAUAUCAUGAAAUAAAAAGGCUAAAUGGUGUUUUACAUAGCUGUGUAAUCCUCGCACAACUCCAAACUCGAUAAACUCGAUAGUGAAUGAGAUAUACAAGCUUUCACUUUAAAUCAUUAUGCAUUUGUUACGUAAAUUCCGGAUAUUUGCAUACCAAACAAACUGAAACAUCUCAGAAACAAAGUGAGCAAACGAAAGUCUUCAAAAUAAGUUAUUAUAUAAUUUCAGAAGUUCUUAAGAAUGAAACGAUAAAAAAAUUGAGGUUAGGUGCAUGCACUUUAAGGAAUUUCAUAUGUCAUUUUGAGUGCUAAUAAGCAAGCGACAUUUUUGCCAACACGGAUGUCAGAUUGCUGAGGGGGAACUGGAUUUUAAAAAAUGUGUUUGUGGUAAUUUUCAAGACAUAUGACAAAACAUAAGAUUCUUAAAGUUUUUGGCUUCCUUACAAGAGCACUAUGACGCAAAAUGCCGCCAAAAUGAACUGUUGAAGGAAAUCAUAUUCCUCCCUUUCUCUAGUUGCGUGAGAUUGCAAGCAAACCUUCUGAGGAUGGCGAGUUAGACGAUGAAGCGGAAUGGAUAUAUAGACAAGCAUUCAUGACAAUGCCCGUCUCAAAUCAA